CUCGCCAUUUCCACACCUUAUUACUUAACGGUAACAAGGUUUUGGAGUAUUAACGAGCAUUAGCCGGCAUUUGUCCAGCCAUUCCAACCAUUUGAAAGCAACUUCAUACUUCUCAAGAUAUUUUUCAGGUUAACUUAAAUUUUAAGUGAACACUAUGUAGGAGUGAAAACCUGUCUAGAGCUGCUGGGAAAUUAAAGGACAAAGAGGCAUCAAUUUACGUCCUCGAACUGCAAAAUCUAUCACCAUGGAUGUCCUCGCUAGCGACAAAAGAUGGCUUGUGACUCUUUAUGCCUUGAACAAGAUCGUGGCUCCAGAUUUAAAGGAUGUUGUGAAACAAGGAAUGAACGACCUCUACUUAAUCCUAGAUGGUCACUUGAAGGGCUUGGCAACACCAUGCACCCUAAAAACACUAACAUUUGCGAUUGUGAACUCCCCAGGAACCGCUGCAAGUCAUUCUCCCUUUCUUAAAAAUUUGAAUUUUGAAAACAUUAAUAGCAACUUUGAUAUCCACGGUAAGAAGAAAGGGGCCUACAACUACAAUGUCAACAACUUUGUUGAUGUUGCGAAGCUGUAUCUACCAAACUUCCUCGCCGUCUUCUCUGCAUUUGACAAAUCCAUGGACGUGGCUGCCGCACUUAAACUUUUGGGAUGUAAAGAGUACCCAGUAGAUAUAUUCUCCUCUUCCAAUCCAUUUCUCGACAUUCGGUCAUUGGCAGAUGAUGUAAGGGUUAAUGUGAGAAAUAAAGGAGAUCAUUUUAAAGAAGGAGAGUGGACCGAAACUUUCUUUCACGAAUGCUUUGAUAAACUGAGCACCUUAGUCAAAUGUCUGCCCCUGCCUGCCACCAGAAAGGACGACCUUCUAGUUCAACUUUCCGAAUGGAAAACCGAAGGUUUCAAGAAGAUUGUUGAUGAAGAUUUCAAAGACCUAUUGGAGAACUUUCAAAAUGGUGAACUUGAAGCAAUUAAUGAGAAACUGGACCGAAUUUCGACCAGGGAUGAAAGAGAUAGAAUGAUGGAAAUUAUGGGAGAUAGAUUUGAUGCGGUGGAAAAUUUGAUACACACUGUUUUAGACCAGCAACGAGAUCACUUUCGAAAUGGGACCGACUUUGAAACCAGUUUCCAAGGGUCCAGCGUUUCACCAACAAACGCCACUUUGACGAAAGGUUGCGAAGCAAGUGAUGAGGAAAAUGGAGUUACUUGUUACACAUCUGAAAGUUCCGUGAGAGAAGAAUUGAACAGUCCUAGUGCAGCUGUGGAAGAACUUCCAGAGAAUCAGGGGCCACUAGAGGCAAAUGGCAGUCCUCAAAUCACACCAAAUCAAGUUGCUCUUAAGUUCCCGAUGCCACCAUUUUGUAUCGUAUUAAAAGAAAAUCUUAAAGAAGAUUCAGGAAAAGCUCGAUUCAAAGAAUUGGGAGAGGUGAAACUACGCAAGAUUGGUGACAACGAAUUUUUUGGACGGGCACUUCCAGAAUCUCCAAGAGAAGGCCUUUUUAAAGUGACAAUCGAGUCACAAAAUGGAGACUUCCUGGGAGAGACAGAAAUCAUGUACGUAGAUAUCGUGGAACAAGUACUGAAAAACGUCGUCACACACCAAGAGAAGAUGCCAAUGUUCAUAAGGGCUGCCUUUACACACCUAAAUGCGAAUUGUGGUAGAGGUUGCUGUGACAGUCCAAACUCAAUCGGCGCGGGGCCUUCUGGUGAACAGAAAACAUCAUUAUCAGUUCAGCUGCUGCUGCGACUGCUUUACAAAGCAGCAGAAGUUAAUGCUAAAUGGUUCAUCCAUCUUAUCUUUAACCUAACUGCUGGAAGAAUAGCCUUUGAUUCGUACAAAGAAACAUCUAUGUUACCGGAGGACGUCGCUACCUCACAUGGCCACGAAGAAAUUGCAGAAUACCUCAGGGAUGUGAAAAAAAGAUUUUCUGUGAAUGAGGAAGAGCGAGAAGGGCAAUCAAAGCACAUUGACUGGAAAGAAAUCAUACACGCUAUCGAAGCAACGCAGACUGAAAUUAACAUUGAUGAUCAAACCAAUAAAAUGGACAGGGAUGAAAUCAGCGUUGUUCAAGAUAGCGCUAUAGAUGGGCCUGUAAAGACACAUCCAGAGGAAAGAUUAGAGGGCACUAGGAAAUAUACCAGCAAUAUGGAGGAAGAGGUGAGCGAUUCGGCUCAAGAGAUCGCUCAAGACCACGCUGUGGAUAGAGAUGAAGACCUUUAUGGUAUGUCUCAGCAAACGAUAACUCAGGGGGCGGGAACAACAACGACUCCGGAAUCAAAAGAGGAUGAAAACAUCUACACGAUCUGCAACCCUAUAACCGAAGAAGCAAAGAUCUACAGAGGUGCAUUGCACAAAGCUGCAAUCAACGGUCGAUACGAGAUUGUUAAAGUACUCCUCAAAAGUGGCGAAGAUGUGAACCAGAAAGAUAAGUUUGGUUUGACGCCCCUUCACCUUGCCGCUUGGUAUGGACAGAGAGAUGUUGUAAAACUUUUUUUAGAGCACGGUGCAAAUGUCAAUUCUGUAGACAGGUUUCAGAAAACAGCCCUUCAAAAAGCUGAACGCAACAACCACCAACACAUAGUUGAACUGCUCCUGAGGAAUGGCGCUAGGCCCACUUGCAAACAACCGGCUAGCCUUACAUCCCUCUCCAGAAAAGCUUUUCUUCAUGUAGAUGCACUAUCCGGCUUCAAUAAACUACACGCGGCUGUAUUUCAUGGCGACUAUGACACGUUUAUGAAAGCUGCGAUCCAUCUUGGGAAUUUUGUUCAAGACAUGAAUUUACUAAGAACAGGAAGCCAAGCAAAGGUAUUUCCUGGAAAAACUGCGUUAGAAAUUCUCUGGGCUCUGCAAAAUAAAGGAGAAGGAAAUCUUGAUAUAGAAACAUUUUACGAAGAGCAUGUUGAGAAGAUCGAUUCAUUAACCGAGCUGCACUUAUGUGACUGCAAUAAUGAUGCUGAGAAGGCUGUGGAGAUUGUUCUAAACGAGGGUGUGGAUAUAAACAUACCAGGAAAAUGCAACCGCACACCUUUGAUGUGGGCGAGUAUAUCAUCAUCUGGUGACUUUAUCAAUACCCUCAUUGAUCUUGGAGCUGACGUAAAUGCUCAGAGGACGGACAGCAAGGCUGCACCUUUGCAUUUGGCAGCUUGGUACAACAACUACGUGGCCGUUGACAUCCUUUUAAAGCAUGGAGCCAAAUUAUGUCUUCCAAACAUCCCUGAAUGGAUGGGAUUGCAUAAGUUUGUAGAUAGUGGAUUUUUAAGCGUCUCCCGGCUACUAAUAGAUUCAGGAUGUGACGUCAACCUGUGCAACACCAAGGGUCAAAGCCCGCUUUUUUUCGCCGUCAAAAAUAAACAAAAAUACAUAGUCAAAUGUUUACUGGAAAGCGAGGCUGAUGUGAAUCUGAAAUAUAAAGAGAAUGGAAGUGAUAGAAUCUAUCUCGUUCGUGGGACAGACGGGGGAAAACUAUGCUGGCAAUAUGUCCUGGUAAAGAAAGCCUUAAUGCCCUUGUUCUUAAGGCGGACUAAUGGUGGUAGUCUUGACGUUGCCGACUUUGGACUCAUCCUCACGAGUGGGUGGGGAAAGGAUCCUCCAGAGAACGUACGGCAAAGUAUCAAUGAAAUGGGUUAUACCUUUCCUGACACACAAAGUCAGACAGUUCUUCAUGUUGCUAGCAAAAGUGCUGGUCCCGACAUUGUAGAGCUAAUUGUGAAGUACAAAGCAGAUAUAAAUGCAUGUGAUGAGGACGGAUUCACACCUCUGCAUUUUGCAGCGAUGAAUGGCAACAUUCCAGUUGUUAAAAAGCUGGUUGAACUCAACGCCAAUAUUGACUUGAAAGUGGAUGGAAAAGAUGCAGCUGACUUGGCUCAAAUGAACGAGGAAACAGAA